CACCAAGGUCAGGCCGCUCGCGGCGGCCACGCCGGGGCGUGUUAGUGCCGGGCCGCGCCGCCGCGCGCCGUCCCGGCCAGUUGGUCGGCCGCCGGCGAGCCCGAGGGUUGUGCACGCGCGGCUGUCGCGGGGUGGAUCUGACAGGUGAUAGACAUCGUGGUGCCGUGGGACGGAGCCGCAGCUGGGAGGCGGCGCGUGUGACGGGUGUCGAGCGCCGCACUGCCGGCGCGCAGGUGACGUCACGGCCGCCGCCAUGGCGGACUCGGUGCUCAUCACCAAGAUCGUGGUGCUGGUGCUGUUCUUUACAGUCACCCUGCUGUGCGGCCUGCUGCCACUGAUGCUGUUGCGGCUCGCGCGUUUUGGCACCAAGCGGUUCCAGACGGGCCGGAUGGGCGCGCUGCUGUCCGCGCUGCGCCGGCGCGGUGACCUACUAGUGUCGUGUGUCAUGUGUCUGGGCGCCGGCGUGCUGCUGGCAACCAUCUUCACACACAUGAUCGCUGAGUCGCGCGAGGUAUUCGCCGAGAUCGAGAAGGCGGGCCUGCUUCCCGAGCUGGACCUUCCUCUGGGCGAGCUGUUCCUCUGCGCGGGAUUCUUCCUGGUGUUCUUUAUCGAAGAAAUGGCGCACACCUUCAUGAAGCACGGCCGUCGCAGGAAGCACCGCCGCGCCGCAGCCGCCGCCGAGGCCGCCGAGGCCGGUGAGAAGGCCAAUGACGACCCGUCGACGGGCUCCGAGGAGGAAGAGCACGCUCAUGGCGCUGCGGGCCACAGUCACGUGGUGGACAUCGGCGGACAGCACGCGUUCCGCGCCUACCUGAUCGUGAUCGCGCUGUCGGUGCACUCAGUGUUCGAGGGCUUCGCCGCCGCCUUCGAGGACUCGGCGCGCGAGGUGUGGCUCUUCUUCGCGGCCAUCAUGGCGCACAAGGCGAUUGUGUCGUUCUGCAUUGGCGAGCAGCUGCUAACCGCAAAGCGCUCGAUGUGUUUCGUGAUAACCAACCUGUGCAUCUUCUCUAUGGCGACGCCGCUGGGCGUCCUGCUCGGUCUGCUGGUGGCCAGCCCCGAGCUGCAGGGCGGCGCUAGUCUGCUGGCCACCGGUAUCCUGCAAGGACUCGCCGCCGGCACCAUCCUGUACGUCACCUUCUUCGAGCUGCUCGGCCCCGAGCAGCACAAGCCGGGCUCGGGCCUGAUCAAGUUCUUCGCGAUGCUGCUGGGCUUUGCGCUGAUGCUGGUGAUCCACCACAGUGCUGGCCACUCGCACUCUCACGGAGGACACGCGCACGCAGUGGGGGCUCACGGUCACGGCCAUCACGGUCAUGGCGCGAUGGCCCACGGUCACGGCCACGGAGCGAGCGGAGACCAGCACGGCGACGUCAACAAGCGUGUGCAGGACGCCAUUCACGCCUACGAUCACGACUAUCAAGGCGACCAGCCUGAUCACUCCGAGCACCAUGAUCAUGACCAUGAUCAUGACCAUGAUCACCGCGAUCAUUCUAAGGAAUCUCAGCACAGCGGACAUAAGCAUAAAUCAGGUCACGAUCAUGAUCAUGACCAUGACCAUUCCCAAAAAGCAACUCCCUCUGGUGCUAGUGAGGCUUCUGUCGUUCCGUCUACUGAUCGCAAGCAUACGGGCAAUUCUGGCCAUGAUCACAGUGAUCAUUCUAAUCAUGAUCAUUCCAGCCAUGAUUUAAACGACCAUAGCCAUAACCAAAACAAUCCCAGCUCCAAUAACAAUCACUCAAACAAUGGACAUGAUCAUUCCCAUCACGAUCAUGACCACUCUAGCCCAGUAAAUGAUCACUCAAUUAGCGAAAAUUCCGGUCAUUCCGACCAUCAUGACCAUUCCGCUGAUCAUGCUCAUUCCGAUCAACCCAGCCAGUCAGGCGAAGGUGAAGAGGAACAGUAUGACACCACUUACGAGCUGUUCGACUCAGAUGGAGCCACGGAGAGUCCCGUAGACGUCCGGACGGUUCCCGACGGGGCAGCAAAAGAUCACCCUAAAGACGAACAGCAUCAUUUCCAUGCAGACGGUCACGACCAUCUGGGUCCGCUGUCAAAUGACACUGUUGGCCAAAUGGCCGAUCACGAUCACAGUGAUCACACUGGUCACGAUCAUUUCGACCACGCCCCUAAAAAUGUUGAUCAAAAUCACCCCAAACAUGACGGUCACGAUCAUACAGAGCUCGGCGGUAAAAAUGGCACCAGUCACAGCGACAGUGACCAGGCCGGGCACGCCGCACAUGAUCACAGUGACCACAGCGGUCACGAGCACCCCGGUACGGCUGAUCAGCACCCCGGGCACGCCGCACAUGAUCACAGUGACCACAGCGGUCACGAGCACUCCGGUCCCGCUGAUCAACACCCCGGGCACGCCGCACAUGAUCACAGUGACCACAGCGGUAACGAGCACUCCGGUCCGGCUGAUCAGCACCCUGGGCCGCCUUCAGAGGCCACCGACCGGCCCACGUCCGCUGACCUCGCCUGAAGAUCCGCCGCGGAAUCCGCGAGUCCAAAAAAUCCACUGCGGUGGUAACUGUGACGUCGUCCGUCCAAACUGGACAGGGUGAAAAAACUGAGGAAGGUGGAGGUGCAGCUGACAGUCGUGGGCAUAAAGUCACGACUGGACAUGGACUGACGUGACAGUGUAUCAGCGCGUGUCGCGAUGCUGAGGGGAGGUUUGAGGUGGUGAUCACGGAGUGAUGUGCCGCCAGGCAGUGCUUCCUUUUUCGACGCUGAGCUGCAGGGACGUCGAAGGCAAACAGCGCAAGGCGCAGAGUGGUGGCUAUGGGCCUUACUCGGUGAAUGUUUGUGGUAGUCAGCGGUUCACCCGAAAAAGGCUGGAGUAGACAUCCUUCACCGGAGUUGUUGAGGGCAUGCAAGUUUGGUUCGGGUUCUACAUGUUCCUACUUAUUAUGACCACGAAGCUGUGGAAUAAUGUCACUUGAAGUCAUAGCUGGGAAGAAAAACUUGCCCAUUUCUACAGCUGAAGGACAACAAAGAUAACUAAAAAUCGAAAGGAAAAAAGUAAACGUUUCAUAAGCAAACAUGCUAUGUCCCAUGUUACCAAACUCGACCACAAUAAGCACAUGCGGAUAGCUUAGUUCCAAGUAUGUGUGGUAAUCUCUGUCACAGAUCACGGUUUAGUGUUUCGGCUCGGUGCGCCGUUGCAGCUCAGGAAAAGUGCGGUUAGUACAUCAACAAAACAAGGCUCGUUCCGAGAAACGAUCGAGCGUCGUUGUGCGAUCAAACCUGUUUUUGGUGCCCUUGAUAGUUUGUAAGUCACACAUAAAUGUGAUCUACCUGAACCAUGGGUGAUGACUGAUGAGCGCUUCGUUGGUGAGCGAUGCAUUGAGAUCUUGUCUUGUGGAUGAGAAUUUGUGUGUAAUAAUCAUUGGCACAUACAUACUACGAAAUGUGGGUACGUUGGAA